CCCUCUGCUCCAGCUGUGUAGGUUCAGUCUGUUCGGUAACACUCGACUCUAAUGUCUCGGUUUUUACCGGGACUUCGGCUCUAAACGGAUCCGAGCAGCGGGGCCCGUGGAUCGGUAACCUCUAGGACGGUCGAUGCCGCUCUCGGUGCGGAGGAAGAGGAAGAACCCGGAUGAGAAGCUCCCGGAUCGACCCGGGGAGUCGACUUCAUCAGCCCAGGUGAUGGCGCCGACGCGGAUGAAGCUCCGUGGGCGUCGCCGUGACCGUGCGGCUGAAGGUGCAGGAGCUUCAGAAGCAGGUGGUUGGCAGGCGCAGGAGGAGGAGGAGACAAGCGGAGAGACGACGGGCCGAGCGAGCAGAAGGAAAAACAAUAACACUUUACCUCCAGCUGCUGCUGCCUCCUCUUCCUCUCCGCCCUCCUCCUCAGCCUCGGCCUCAGCGCGAGCGGUGAUGGCGGCAGAGGAGGCGUCACCCGACUCCAAGUGUCCCAUCUGCCUGGACCGCUUCAACAACCUGGCGUACCUGGACCGAUGCCUCCAUCGCUUCUGCUUCCCCUGCAUCCAGGAGUGGUCGCACAACAAGGCUGAAUGUCCGCUCUGCAAGCAGCCCUUCACCUCCAUCCUCCACUCCAUCCGCGGCGAGGACGACUUCAAAGAGUACAUGCUCCGCCCCGCCCCCGCCACCAACAGUGUCGCCGCCACAAUCGCCAUGGUAGCAGCUAUGGCUUCAGCUGCCACAAGCAACCACCAGAUGAGGCUGAUGAUGAGGAGGCACAGGGGUGGAGACGGAGGGGAGACGACCACAAGGAGGCGCAGGAGGGCGAGGGGAGGGGAAGGAGUAGCAGGCAGAAGGGGGCAGGUCUGGGAAUGGUACCUGGACUCUCCUCCGCCGGCCCCCCUCUCUCUGCCUCAUGCUGCUGUCUCUCCUGUGGUCGAUGAGGAAGCGGAGGAGCUGGAGGAGCAGAGGAGGAGGGCCGAUGCUGACCCAUCGGAUCGUGGCGUCUUGUUUGAGGGGCUGACUGCAGGACUUGGAGGGGCAGUGGCUCCUUUGCCGCCCACUGACCGGGAGUCGCGACGCCUCAUGACCCGCUUGGCAGCAAGGCAGCGCCUGCAGCGAGAAGGCGGGACCGUACGGCGGCUGAGGGAGAGAGAGACUGUUUCUUUCCGCCGUGCUCUCUACCGUUGCAGCAUACGGGUCCGUGGUGUUGCCGGCGUCAGUGGUAACCAGGGGCAACAGCAGCGUGACAUCACAGCAGAGAGCUUCCGCAGAAACCCUGUCCACCUGAACAGGCUCCGCCCCUGGCUGCGGCGGGAGCUAACUGUGCUGUACGGUGCUCACGGCUCGCUGGUCGACAUCGUUAAGCGCAUCAUCAUGGCACGGCUCGCCCGCCACGGCCUGGAGGACACGCCCACAAUAGAAGAAGAGCUUCGGCCCUUCCUCCUGGCUCGCACCGACCACUUCCUGCAUGAGCUGGUCAGCUUUGCACGUUCGCCGCUCAGCCUGGAAAACUACGAUCUGCAGGCAGUGUACGAGCCACCGGACGCCGCUUUAGAGCUGGACGGGACAAGCAGCUCGUCUGACAGCAGCUCUGUGAUCGCCAUCUCGGAGGGUGAGGAGGAGGAGGGGCGUGGCGGAGGAGGAUCAACAGAGAUGCAACCGAUGGAGGCUCACGAUGAUGUCAUCCAAACAGGAAGCUGCCUCAGCAUGUCGGCGUGGGACGACGAGACGCCUGGGCCCUCCUACUCAACAGCCGAGCCAUCCUGCUCGCUCUCCUCGCUGUCGUUUAGCCCCGCCCCUCAGGAGGCGUCCAAUAAUGAGGGAGCAGAGAAGGCUGAGGAGGAGGAGUGUCUGAUCGUCGGAUACAAGAAACCGAUCGCCGAGCGGACACCAGAGCUCGUUCAGCUCUCCUCUGACACCGAGGAGGACGAGGAGAAGAAGGAGGAGCCUGAGAAAGUGCCACCACUCCCUUCCUCUGCCCCUCCUCUCCCGUAUUUACCCACAAUCCCUCCCUCCACGUCAGGCGCCUGCAGAAACGAGGAGGACAGCGUGAAGGAGAAGGGUGGGGAUGGGCGACGACGGCGCUCCUGGUCAGGGAGCUCAGAGAGGAGCAGGAACUCAGUGUGCACGCUCAGUCCCGUGACGCCUGCAGACGGCGAGCGGCGGCGGGACAGAAAGCGAGUGAGCAGCGAGGCAGCGAGGGAAAAGAGGAGGAGGAAGAGGAUCAGGAGAGAAAGGGGACGCAGCGGAACCCUCUACAACCCCAACCGCUGCAUCUUUCCCGCCAUGAUGCGUCACCACUCGCCGUUUCACUCUAGCGCAGACUCAGCCUCCCCACCUAGCCCGCCGGACUCCACCUGGAGCUAUCACUGCUCCCAGGUGUCCCCUCUGACCUCCUCCAUCUCCUCCCCCUCAUCCUGCUCCCCCUCCCCCCUCUUCUCCUCCCCUCAGACGCCACCCACUCCCUCGCUCUCUCCCAGUCUUUGCAGCAGCGUUCACCACGGGGAGAAACCCGGUGGGAAGAGGAAGUACAAGAGCCGCCACCUGGACAACGACGACAACGACCCCACAUGGAGGCCGAGCAGCAGCGGCGCCCAGCGGCGGGAGAAGAGGAGGGAGCGGCGGGAGAAGGAGAGAAGACACAGGACAAGAGACAGAGGGAGGAGGAGGGAGAAAGAGAGGAGGGACGCUCAUGGGGCGAGCAGGGGAGACAGCAGCAGCAGGAGGUGCAGAGAUGACCGCAGUCCCAGCGUGGAGAUCAUCUACGAGGGGACCAUAAACUCCAGCGCAACGCAACUCCAGAGACGCAAACGCCGCAGGAAACAUCGCAAGACACAACGCAGCAGUUCCCCAGUGAUCAUCACCCUCGACAGUGACAGCAGCCACGACCACGUCAAUGACAGCAACAGCAGCAGCCCGCUCAGCAGUCAGCAGACGGUCGACUUCUCCGACCUCCCUCCCCUUCCGCUCAUGAAUUCUGCCGGGGUCGGCGGAACCUUGAACGCAGAAUUCGGCGAGCUUCCAGCAGACAUCUUGGACCAGGGAUCUGACGGGGCGGAGACGGAGCCUGCGGGACAGCCCAUGGCUGCGGAUCCCAUCGCCAUCGACAACAGCGACAGCAGUGACGGUGAAGUGGACGUGGAAAAUGUGGAGGAAAGCGAGUCGGCGCUGGGACUGGAUGAAGAAGUACCAAAGAGAGAGGCGGAAACAAGGACAGCUAUCAGUGAGAGCCAAAAUGCUCCCAAACCUUCAGAUUCGUUCCAGAAAAGAGACCCUGAAGAUUUACCAGCAGAUAGCCGCCUGCUGGCCACCAUCCUCAACGACCUUAAGGGAAUCUCUUCUUCUAACUUCGAACCAAACAACUCAUUGGAUACGAGGAAAAAGCGUUUAAGGGAUCAGUCAGAGCAGAACAACUUGGACUUCUCCAAGGAGCGACCGUUUAACGCUUUCAAAGACCAAAACUGGGUCUCUGGCUUGCCAACAUGUAGUUCCUCCAUCCCCUCCCUGCCCCCUCAGGAGCAGCACAAGGAAAUCCAGGUUCGAGAGGAAGUCACGGACAUGCCCCCUCUUCUGAAACAAGCCAGUCCAGUUCGCUCGCAUAACAGAAACACGCCCCCACCUUUGAAACACAAAGAUGCAGGAAGUCCUCACCUCUUCCCCAUCCCUCCUUUCGAUGUGCACUCUGCCUCUUUAGACCGGAUUGGUGUAGACCCUCGUGUUCUUCCCGCCCCCCCCGUUGAUUCCCAUUCAGGUUCUGAGCAGCAUUUAGAUAACCGGACCAUCCCUCCCAUUUCAACCCUGAAGAGACAUUUCACAAGCUCUCUGGCUCUGCUAGAUUCGCCGUCUACAAGCAGCAGUUCAGCCGUUGACUCGCAGUCUUCCUGCCGUUUGGCGUCCGUUGACUUCCAUUUGGCUGCUCCUUCUAAAGUUGGAGCAUUGAGCGUUGAUGUCCAUUCCACAAGCCACAAACAUCCCAUUGAUUCCUGCUCCUCUCUUGGGUCUCAAAACAGCGAAAACUUGGUGCCACAUCAGGACUUCAUGUCUGUUUAUUCCUCAAAGUCAUGCUCCAGUCGGAACAGCACAAAAGAAGCGCCCCCUGUUGACUUGCAUCAUGAGAAUUCUUUGUCUCCUGUUGAUUUCAAUUCAGCUAAAAGUGGCUGGUCCAAAGAGAAGCCAGCUUACUCCGGAUCUACCUCCAGAGGCAGCAGGAACGAGGCCCAAAGCUCAAAUUCCUGCCAGGUAACCCCCGCUAACCUCCAUCUUUCCUGCAGAGCGUCCACGGAGGGAUCAUCGGCAGGUAGGGAUGACUUCUCAGGAGCCGACCCGAAUGACACGCCACAUCCUGUUAGUGUUUCAUCUCAGACUCAGAGUCCCCCGUCACCUGUUAACUCCCACUUUUCAUGUAAGGAGGAGAACUUGUCAGAAAGAUUUUCCCCAGCGCCAACCGUCGACUUCCACCGUAGCGCCGUCCCAUCCUUAAACGAGCGUUCUUCCAGCUUUGUCAGUGAUUUACUUGGCGGACACUUGAACCACACACCCUUACCCUCCAUGAACUUCCAAUCACAGCACAGGAAAAACAGCUCUCUGCCCAGGCAGGUCAUUGACUCCCACUCUGACUCGAAACCUUUCAACCACUUCGAUCCAACUCUAGACCUGAAGAUCAACGCCAGUCGCUCCAAACAGCAACUCUCUGUUGACCCUCAGCCACCCACAGACGCUUGUUCAAAGAAAUCCCUGCUCCCCUCGGAGGAUCGCGCUGUCUUAUCCGUCGACAACCACUGCAACUCGAACGCCUCCGCCGACGCCUGUUCAGACUCUCAAUCACCCACUGAUGAACUCGCCACUAGCAGCUUCUUAAAAACACGCCUAAAAUAGACGUUUUAAAGACAAAAUGUAAGGACAUUUUCUAAACAUUUGUAUGUACUUUGAAUUGUUUAUAAGAUCAUUUCUGUUGAUUUAAAAUGUUGCUGCUCUUUUUUCCUUGUUGUACGUUCAUGAGCUGUUUGUAAGGAGCUUUAAAGUGUCCAUUCUAGUUCAUUUCUACCAAGCAAGGUCGGAUUUUGUUUUCAUUUAUAUUUAAAACUUUCAAGGUGUUUCUGAUUUGGGCAUAAGCAGUCAUAUUUUUGUUUCAAACACGUGAAAAGUAGGUCAAUCAGUUUGUUUAAAUUUGUCUGAAAUAGCCAUGGAAGGGUUAUUUAACGUGAUUCUGAAGAACUCCCUGUUGAUUUUGGAGAAUGAUAAAAUGAUGAAGGUCUGGGGACUACUGAUGGAACCUCAGAACUUCAAAAGGCCAAAAAUAAAUUUAAA